AUGGCCAAGUGUUUGAAUCAGAUCAUCUUCUACGAGGACAGAAACUUCCAGGGUCGCUCUUAUGAGAUCAGCACUGACUGCGGGGAUCUCUCCUCCUACCUGAGUCGCUGCAGCUCCUGCAGGGUGGAGAGUGGCUGCUUCAUGGUUUAUGACCGUUCCAAUUACAUGGGCAACCAGUACUUCCUCAGAAGGGGUGAAUAUUCCGACUACCAGAAAAUUCACAUGAAAGAUUCCAUCCGUUCCUGCUACAUGAUCCCCCAGCAUUCUGGACCAUUUAAAAUUAGAAUCUAUGAGAGGGAAAACUUCGGAGGCCAGAUGAUGGAGCUCACUGAUGACUGCGAGUCAAUCCAAGACCGUUUCCGCAUGUCUGACAUUCAGUCUUGCAAUGUGAUGGACGGUCACUGGCUCCUGUAUGAGCAGCCCCACUACAGGGGCAGGAUGAUGUAUCUGAGGCCUGGGGAGUACAGGAGCUUUAGAGACAUGGGGAUAGGUUCCACGAGGUUCAGCUCCAUCAGACGUAUUGUGGACACCUAUCACUGA